AUCGCCACCAACACUAAACACUCGCUUAGAUUAUGCUAUUAAGAAUAGUACGGGAGUAUAGGCCAUUUACAAAGAGGAUUGAGUCAGAAUCUGGUAACAGUUGAUCUUGAGACCGUAUAGGCAAGUGGUGGGGGUAAGAGUGGCUCUUGAGAGGCAUUCUCAUAUUCGACCGGGUCGUCUAGGGGCGGCGGUGAUAGCGAAGACUCACUCAUCUCAACGAUGAUUGCCAAGAUGGCCCUGGAAGUUAGUGAUCUUAGUGACCAGAUUCGAGACUAUUAAUUCGACCUGUUUAACGAAGCCCAUAUUCAAUUUUUGGGCACGGUGUUCAGUAUUGGCUUGUUACCAAGAAGCCUAGAGUCUUGUGUCUUGGAAAGAGGCCUGGAUGAGAAUUCCUCGUAUAAUAUUGAAACCAUCGUUGGAGUGGCAAACCUCAAGGCUGUCUCGCUCGCCGCCGACAGUCCUAUACAACGUCGAUUUGUUCAUUCUGGGCAUAAAAUAGGACUAUUUCAUUUUUCCCUUUUGGACUACCUUCAGUUUGGUUUGCAAUAUGAAGACUUCUCUUCGGAAGACAGCGACGAUGUCGAGGCACUCAAGUGAUUGAACUGGCUAUUCGCGGGGCUUAUAAUCUGCUUAUUGGAAUAACUCGCUAUUCAGUUAUCGAUGGGCCAAGAGAUGGUCAAAAUUAUUGUCGGCGAAGGAGAGGGCGUAAGAGAAUUUGUGCUUCACAGGGGCCUGUUCAUGGAUAAGGUUAUGUUCUUUGAAAAGAUGUUUGGUGGCGGGUUUCUUGAAUCUUGGACAAGUUCGGCAACUCUACCUGAGGACAACCCAGAAGCAUUUGAAGUUCUCGCGGAGUGGAUCUAUCGAUCCACUAUAAAGUCUCUUCGUGGAAAAGGCCGUCCUAAAAUGCUUCAGGCUGACCUGGCAAUUUCAACAGUUGGGCUCGAAGAGAAGUACUUUAUACCUGAGCUCGGUGAUCGUGCUAUGACCUUUCUAGCGGACAUACGGAGACGCUCCACGCCAACAAUGAGUCAAAUGAGCACGCUCUACAAAAAUACGCAUUUCGAUUCGAAUUCCCGCAUCUACGCUGCCAGGACUGUUGUGUGGGCUUUGCUCAACCCAGAAAACCACGGGGUAUCUAGUCUCUCUAUACAGACCGCCUGCCAAGAUAGCGACCUGUUGCUCGACGCUAUCACAGAAGAACACAUGGGAGGUGGGUGA